AAAACGACGAGAGCGCAGAACGAGAACUUGGAGUUGAGGAUUCAUUUUACUUUGAAAGCAUAUAUUAGCCUCUGCACGGGCGAUUGGUUUUAAAUCAAAACGCGAUUGGCAACAUCGCAAUAAGCUCAACACUUUAUUUCCGUUGACGGACUAAUAAUACUUUUCUCGAUACUGUGAUUCUGUGAAAAGUUGUCGUUGGUUCCUCUUGGGCGAUAAGAUCACUGCUACGUAUAGUACGGCGUGCAUUUCUAAUUCUAAAGACGAUGGGUAAACGCGGUUUCAUGUUUCCAUUAUGCCUAUUUCGGAAAAUCGUCUGUUACAAAUUUCCAUCAUAUAUCGUGACCUUGUUUAGAGGUUAAGUCACGCACGGGCAUCUUUUGUGAAUUAUGACAGCAACAAUCGUUUAUUUUGCCCUAUUGCCCACGCUGCUGCAAGCCUUUAUCUGUUGUGUGGAGGUUAUGCGAGAUAUCAAAUCCAUAGACCUCUGAUAUAUCAUAUUGACGUCAAUUCACUAGUUAUAAAUUGGCUCAAAUGCUACCAUAACACCACACGAGGAUAUUUUAGAGAAUUCUUCGUCAUGUUUCUGGUUUUGCCGAGCACGCUGCCCCCCAUCAAAUCCGGGCAGCAGACAUAUAACCGUCGUCAUACCUUCGGAUAUUUGACUCCCGGAUACGAAAGGCUAUAAUCUCCAUUUGCUUCUAGCUUGUUGUCGUAAUUGCAGAAUCGCCGAUUCGAAGCACUUUGUUUUAUGGCAAUAAAAUUAAAUUGUAUUGAUCAACGACUUGAGAAGGGAGAACUACUUUUUCGUUGGCAACAUUUGAAACGCCUGUAAUUGUCAUUGUUGUUGCGACCCAUUUGUAGCUCGCACAGCUGGUUCGUUUGAUUGGUUUGUAGCAACAACGAGAAACUUUAGCCGUAUCGUGAAGCCCAUACGGAAAAAAGCUAGCAUCUUGUGGUUUGAUUCGCCUGUAUAAUUUAUAGUUAGAGAGUAUACUAUCAAUUUCAGACGGAGGCAUGAAUUAUAUAUCGAGUGGACGUUCGGAUAACGAAUUUCUUUUAUCGGAUGAACGAGAGAGCACUAAAAAUGAACACGAAGACACGUCGUUUAAGGACGCAACUAAAAUGCACGCGGAGAAAGCGAUGCUACUUGCUAAUACCGACGACAGUCACCCGUCGAACGAAACAGAAAACAAAAGCGCUUCCAUGAAAUCUUAUGGGGAUUAUCUUGCUACAGACGUUACCGAUCUGCAAGAUUUGUAUACAGUUACACCUACUUCUCAAGCGUGGGUUGCAUUCGACGAUUGUGAAAAUAAUGCACAAUACAACAGAAGGCCAAAACUACGAGAACCAGAAAAACUACACGGGUCAUCGGACGAAAGUCCUACGUGCAUCACAUCAAACGAGGACAAAUGGGUAAAAUUUGAGUCGGAAGAUAAAAGCUACACAACCGAUAAUGGCCGUGAAGAAUCAGUUAGCAACACGAACGCUCAGUCGAAUUGCGCUGAAGAUGGCAAAUUGCAACAGUUUGAUUGCAUUGAGCCACAAAAAGAGGUAGUAAGUGUUCUGUUAGAUACGAAGGAACUGAAAUUCGAUAGCUCCAUCUCAAAAACUUUAAAAAACGUAGAGGGCAUUACUGACGCUAAUUUGCGUAGCACAACAUCUGGAUCUUCGCAUGCUACGCCAGUGUCGAUUUCGGUUGACGCAACAGACUCAAAAGUGGAAACUUUUGAAGAAGGCAUUCAUGAACCAUUACCAGCAUAUCCUCAGAAAUCCUUCAGCACCACGUGGUCAAUGUUGCUCAGGUUCCCAGAUGCAAAGAGACCUCUCCGCAGUCGUGAGUGGCGUCCUGUGAUCAUAAAACUGAAUGGAUCAAUUCUUCAACUGUAUCAUGAACAUGAGUCUUCACCUUUUCGCGAGGUGUCCCUGCAAUGUUUUUAUGAUCUAACCCGUCCCAGUCUACAGCAGCAGCAUGAUCAUAAAGUGCACACAGUUAAAAUUUUGUAUGUCAAAUACAAGGAGGUCAAUAAGCUGAUGUCAAAGAAGGAUGUCCAUUAUAUUGCAAAGAAAACUCCCAUAUUGAAGGUAGCAUCACACUCCUACACAAAGAUUCAGGAAUUCAUUGAGGUUGUGAGACAGGCAAUUCGUUCCUUGCCUAUAUUCAGAGAUCGAGGCAUCUGCCACAAUACCGAAGCUGUGUAUAUCAAUGUUCAUGAUACAUGCUCAGCGAUCAUCGAUGAAGCUGGAUCAGUAGUGAUGUUGGGGAUACUAGUGCGAAUAUUUAUGUGCGCAUUCAUCAGUGGUAAUGCAGAGUGCGAAUUGGUCCUUAAUGAUAUCAAUGUGAAAAGCAAAGAGGAGUUGAGACUUCGCAAUGAGUACAUGCCUCAAAGGGUACACAAAUGGAUCAAGCUGGAAGAGUGUGACUUUCAUAGCACUGUCAAUUCCAAUAUGUACAACCAAAAUCGCUCCAUCACACUCAAUCCCCUAGAUUCUUGCACAUUUGAAGUGAUGCAAUAUCGUGUUCGCCCAGCCAAACCUCUGCCUCUGCUUGUCAAGUGUGAACUUAUCAUGGAUGCUCAAAGUUGUGUUGAACUUCGUGCAGAAGUAAAGUUGUGUGAUGACACAAAACUUUCAAAGUAUCCAAGAAAGAAUGUACGACUUUAUUUGCCUAUUCCCGAAUCUUGGGUGCAACUGUUCAUGAAGGAAAAAUUAUUCUUUGGUGAGAAAAGCAUCAAGUCGACAAACUCUCACAAAGCAAUCAAAAUGAGAAAUAGAAAGAAUCGACCACUAACAACCAUAGAGACAUCCACUGGCAUUGCAAAGUAUGAGCCUGCAUACAAAAGCAUUGUAUGGCGUAUCCCUAGUCUACCCCUCCUGAACACAACUGCUCCAGCUGAUUGUACUCAUGAUUUCCUAUGUUGUAUCCAAACCUCGGACAGUGUCCCUCAUGACUACAAUCCAACAUGUGCUAUGGAGUAUGAGAUACCUUACACAGUUGCUUCCGAUACCAAUGUUGUGAACUUCAAGGUGCUAGAUAAAAAAAUUGCUCUCAAGGAAGUGACUUAUCACACUACAUAUUCUUAUGAAAUAAUGAUGAAAACCACCUAUCUUAAUGAUAGCAUAAAUCAUCAUAAAUAAUAUUGCUUGUACAAAGCAUGCAAAAUAUGUUUGCUUGUAUUUACCAGUUUUUAUAACCAUUUUGUCUAAACAAUCUUUAGAAUCAUCUCCCCUUGACGAAGUUGCUUUAAAAAUAGUGGACGGAUAAUUGCUAGAGUUCAAAUUUUAAAUUUAAAUUGCAAAUGAGAUGCUCACUUGCAGAUGAAUAGAGAAAUUUUAUGUAAAUAACAUAACUUGAUCUUCCAAUUAUGAAAUAUCUUGAUGUAGCCUCUCAUUGUGAACAUUAUGCUGUCCUGGUAUACCCAUAGAUUGAGUACUCUCAAAUGUACAAGUGGUUGCCAAUAAUAAAAUGAUUGGUUGAUAUGUGGAGGAAUCAAUUACAUUUUAGAUAAAAUAA